AUGAACGAAUUCUUCAGCGCUGGUGAGAUGAUCAGCUUUGACGAGGCCGAUCUGAUGGUGCGUAUAGAAUCUGCGGAGAGCAUGAAGGCCGAGUUUAAUAUCAGCCAGUCAAGGCUAGAAAAAUUAGAUUUGCUCGAGCUUUCAACGUACGCACGCUCAGACUUCGAGAAGGUUUACUGGAAGAUCAAAUCCACUCUCGCUCGUCAAAUGGACGUAGUCACUAAGGGACGUAUGACUGACGCCAAUUCAACAACUAUCCCACGCUUUGCUGAAAGUAAUCACACAUUUGCUCACUUGUUCAACCGUAAGUCUCGCCUACCGGAAUUGCAGCUGCCCAGGUUCAGCGGCUCCUACGAGGAUUGGCCGGAUUUGUACGCCAUGUACAAGACUGUCAUUGGCAGCAAUGAGGACCUGAGUAAGAUUGAGAAAUUACAACAUUUACGUGCGUGCUUGGAUGGUGCUGCUCUCAACACAAUCAAAUCGUUAGAGCCUGUCGACGUGAAUUACGACAAGGCGUUGGAGUUACUCAUAAAUCGUUUUGAUAAUAAGUUGCUACAUUUUCAGGGCCACGUGCGGGCUAUAGUCGGGCUGCCAGGUGUUGAAAAGGGAUCAGCAGAGGCGUUGCGUGAGUUGAGUGACAAAAUUAACUCGCAUUCGGGCGCUUAG